GCUCAGCUAGCGUGUGUCUCUGUGCUAACGUUAGCAGAGUAAUGUUGUAGUUUUCUUUUCCUUCUUCGACUCUUGGAUGUGUGGAAAUGUCCGGCUUUGAGGAUCUUAAAGCUUUAUUCGGACGGAGGCUGCUCGCUGCGGUUCUCAGAGACCUGAGAGGACGAGAAACCAGAUCUGAAUACGAAGAGGAGCUCCACCGCCAGAGGAAGCUGCUGGAUGUGAUUUUAAUCCCUGAGAUAAAGCUGCACAGAGCAGUGCUUCCUGCAGAUGGCCAGCAGCUGUUGGUGAUUAAAGAAGAGAGCCCCCAGGAGGACACUGGGCCCCCACACAUUAAAGAGGAACAGGAGGAACUGUGGAUCAGUCAGGAGCUCAAGGUGGCUGACACCACCACGCUCCUCUUCGAUUCGAUCUUGUUGAAGAGUGAAGAUGAUGAAGAGAAACCUCAGACUUCACAGCUUCAUGAGAGACAAAAGGAACAGUUGGAAACAGGAGCUGAUGGAGAGGACUGUGAAGACUCUCCUGGAGCUGAGACUGAUGACAGUGAUGAUUGGAGGGUUACCAGAGCAGAUCAGUCAGGGUCAAACUCUUUCAAAAAUGUAAAUAAGAGACGCAAGGACAAGAAAUCACAUAGAUGCUGUGAGUGUGGUAAAACCUUGUCAUCAAGACAGAGUCUGACACAACACAUGAGAAUUCACACAGGAGAGAAACCCUUCAGCUGCUCUGAGUGUGGUAAAAGAUUCACCGUUAAACAACAUCUGACAGGCCACAUGAGAGCUCAUACAGGGGAGAAUCCCUUUGGCUGCUCUGAGUGUGGUAAAAGUUUUAAUACAAAAAAUACUCUGACAAAACACAUGAGAUCCCAUACAGGAGAAGAACCUUUCAGCUGCUCUAUUUGCUUUAAAAAAAUUACACAGAAAGUUAACCUGCAAACCCACAUGAGAACUCAUUUCAAUGAUAAAACUUUCAGCUGCUCUGAGUGCAGUAAAAGGUUCCAAAGCAAUAAAGACCUGAUCAGGCAUUUUCGAGUUCACACAGGAGAGAGACCCUUCAGCUGCUCUGAGUGUGGCAAUAGAUUCAGUCUUAAGGGAGCUUUGACCAAACACAUGAAAGUGCACACAGGAGAGAGACCCUUCUGCUGCUCCUUGUGCAAUAAAACAUUUAGGCAAAAUUUUGAGCUGUCCCUCCACAUGGCACAUCACAGAGGUGAGAAACCCUUCAGCUGCAGUGACUGUACACAGAAAUUUUCUUGGAGAUCUCAGUUAAAAAAUCACAAAUGUUUUAGAGGUCAGGAUUCAAGUCUUCCUCAUAAAUCCUUCAGCUGUUCUGAGUGUGGAAAAAGUUUCAGAGUAAGGCGUGAUCUUGAACGUCACAUUGCCUAUCACGGAGGUUUGAAACCCUACAGCUGCAGUGAUUGUGAUCAAGCAUUCGUUUGGCAUUGGCAGGUAAAACGACACAAGUGUGUCAGAGGUCAGGAUUCAGGGGCUCUUCCAAACCAAACUGGGGAGAAAAGAGAGGCAGAAGCAGUAGCUGAUGGAGAGGACUGUGGAGGAGCAGAACAAGCCAGAAUCUCAGAUCCAGAGAGGCAUUUACAACCAGAGACUGAAGUCAGGACUGAAGACUCUUCUGGAGCUGAGACUGAAGACAGUGAGGAUGAUGAGGAGACCAGAGAACAUCAGGGUCAGCAUAACCUGUUGACAUCUGAUUUUUGUUUCUCCUUACAUUCAGUGCAGCUCAUUUCACUUAGCACAAGUAAAGUCUGUAAUUUACUCUGUUUGCUGAUGUUUGUGACUAAAGGUGUUGAGGUGGUGCAUGGUGGUGACAUUAAAUAACCUGCUGCACAUUCUUGUUUUUACAUUCUAUACAAAAGGGCAUUGCAUAUGAUCCUGUGCUUUGCUGGAGACAUUGCCCUAAUUGUCUACAUACUCUUAAGGUGUUUCCCAAUGAUACUUCCUGUGCUGCUAAAGGGUUUUUGCUGACCUCAGUAUUUUUGUAUUUUUGUUUUGUUGAUAUCUGUAUGAAAUCAUCAUCCAAAACCAGAGGACUACCAAACAAGUUCUCUUCAGCCUCCCACAAGUGUACAUGUGAAAGUUGUGUCUGACGCCUGUAUACUUGAUGAAAACUUUGAGUCAGAAAGACAGGAGCAUGUGCAUCUCCCGUCUCUUCAUUUGCAUUUUUCUACUGAAUGUAAUAUGCUUCCUUACAUUUAAGAUAAAACAGCUAAAUAUAAUGUCUUUAAUCAUACAGAUAUGACUGCUGACUUCAUAGAUAACCACUGUAAUCUGUCUAAGAUAAAGUUUUCAGGUUAAACUCCUACAGUUUUAAUUGUAUCCUGGCUGUGUGAUAAUGAUCUCCUUAUUUGAGGAUAGAAAUGUCUCUUUAUUUUGUCAUCAAACUUUGAUUUUGUUUCCUCAUUACUUUCUUGUAAAUAUAUUUUGACAAAGCCAUGAAAUACAUGGUAUAUUUAAAAUAACCUUAACAAUAGCUGAAUUAAACAGCCGUAAUACAAAUGUUAGUAUUCGUCCAUAGAGCAGGGGUUCUCAACACUGGGAUCGGAACCUCAUUUGGGGUCAUGAGACACUGAUGGGGGUCUCUAGAUGCCUUAAAAAACUAGGAAUCAUUUCUAAUAUGUCAUCACUUUUUUCCCUCCA